GAAUGUCCCUGGAGGCAGAGCUUGGCUUGGGGACCCUGGCUACCUGGCUCCCUGCUCUUCUGGGACCCAGAAGUUGGGGCCCCCAAACCCAAGAGUCCAGGACCGCUGCCCCGUCCCCCAACUCCUGGACCCCAGGAUACAGGCCUCUGGUUUUACCUCUUCUGUAAUCUUUGAUUCUGUGGCUGAAUGUGGCAAUGGGCACAGAGAGGUGGAUAUACAUGGAAAUUACCAGGAAGAAGGAAUCCCUAUCAAUGGACAUGUUUAUGAGCUCCUACUUUGUGCCAAAACCCAUGCUGGGGGCUGCAGACACAGCAGAAAAAAAGAUAAACUCCUGGCUCUGGUUUCUGGAGGGACACUGCUUUUGCUGAAAUCCUGCCUCUGAACCUUGCAAACUGUAUGAACUUGGGCAAGUUCUUUUACUUCUCUGUGCCUCAGUUUCCUCCUGUAUCAAACGGAGAUAAUAAUAGCACUGUGGUGAAAAUGAAACUGAGUUGAUAGAGGUAAAUGACCUUGAACAGUGCCUGGUCCAGGAUACAGGCCACUGUCCACAAAAUAUGAGGAGCCACCCCUCUGUGCUGCUGCUGUACCUGGGAUUGACCACCUGCCUGGACACCUCACCCAGUGGGGAGCAAGACCAAGAAGUCUUCCUGGACUCCCCAGAGGCCCAGAGCUUCCUGGGCAGCCGUUGGCGGAUUCCACGAGCCAAUCACUGGGACCUGGAGCUGUUCACGCCAGGGAACCUGGAACGGGAGUGUCAAGAGGAGAGGUGUUCCUGGGAAGAGGCGCGGGAGUACUUUGAGGACAAUACUCUGACAGAGCGCUUUUGGGAGAACUACAUCUACAAUGGCAAAGGAGGACGUGGACGAGUGGACGUAGCAAGCAUGGCUGUGGGACUGACAGUGGGCAUCCUGCUCAUGGUCCUGGCCAGCCUGGGAGCCUUUUGGUAUCUGCAUUGCCGUCAGGACCGAGGCCAGCAGCCCUGUCCUCAAGAGGCCGAGCUCAUCAGCCCCCUGAGCUCUCUGAGCCCGCCGACGCCCCUGCCUCCACCUCCACGCCCGCCCCCGGGCCUCCCCACCUACGAGCAGGCGCUGUUGGCCCCUGGGGUGCACGACGCACCACCGCCCCCCUACGCCAGCCUCAGGAGGCCGCGCUGAAGAGCUGUUUCGGAGCCGGGGUUCUCCGCACCGUGCCCCAGAUUCACACCGGAUUCCGGAAACCCCCAGGCCUCUUAAACUCCGGAGCUGAGCUUGGAGGGGUGAUGGCAGUAGGGAUCGUCCGGCCUGAGGCCUACCCUAACACACGUGUUUCCGCCGCGUACGGAUACACGCAAGUUCCCGGGCAACGUGUUCCCGCGUCCCGGCGCCUCGCAGGCCCCCACGCUCUCCUAAUGGUGGAGGUACCCACCAGCCCCGCCCCCGGGAUAGGCGUGCGUGGAAACUCCGACUCAGGCGCGCAGUGCCUCGUAGACUCGCGUGUGAGCAAGUGUGACACGGCCAUCGCCCUCAGUGUCACGGGCUACGGACAGGCAGAGCCCCGCCUGUGUUCACGCGUGUUUUCGUGUGCUCCCCGUGCGUGCAUGGGGGCACUGUGCAAUCCAGGGAAAGGGUGGGGGGCAUAUUUGCAAGCGUGCUUGGUUGGGGGCAGGCACACACUGCACCUGGGGGACUGGAA